GGGCUUGCGUUGCCGACCGCCUCCCAGUGGUGUGAUGCUCACGAACCAGCAGGAGCAGAGCCGCGGCCCCGGGACCUAUUGAUUGUGAUUGUGCCAGUUGUAAACAGUCACCAUGGCGGGCGGAGGGGGCGGCGGCCUUCUCGCGAUUUCCCUCGUCUCCUUCUUAAGUUAUGUGAUAGCUAAGCCGUCAGCCGGCACGGACAUUGUUCUCGACGAAAAGGCGCUCACCACUCAUCGAAUUGACAGUCUGAACAUCCUGCUGUACACGUUUCUACUGAUCCUCACCGUGGUAACAAUAUGGAUCUUCAAGUACCGUCGGGCGAGGUAUCUCCACGAGACCGGGCUGGCCGUUAUCUACGGUUUAAUAGUUGGUGCCAUCUUGAGGUACAGUGGAGAUAAUACAUCACUGAGUCACAUGAGAGUCGUCCCAUCGCCAGGGGGAACAUAUAAGGAUAUUGUUCCCCCUGAUACUCUGUGGCUCAAAUAUGCUUAUGGAAAUAGUAGUCAGAAUAGAACGUAUGCAUUCACAUUCAAGGGAGAGAUCCCAGAAACCCUUGAAAAUGAAAUAGUUCAAAAGGCCACAUUUGAUCCAGAGAUUUUUUUCAACAUACUCCUCCCACCCAUUAUCUUCAGUGCUGGCUACAGUCUUAAGAGGAAACAUUUCUUCAAAAACUUGGGGGCAAUAUUCACAUUUGCUUUUCUGGGCACAACAAUAUCUACAUUUGUUGUUGGUGGGUUGGUGUAUGGUUUCUUGUACCUGCUUGGUUCCUCGAUGACCUUCAUUGAUAGUCUUCUGUUUGGGGCAUUGAUAUCAGCCACUGAUCCUGUGACGAUUUUGGCUAUCUUCUCUGACCUUCAUGUUGAUGUUAAUUUGUAUGCAUUAGUGUUUGGAGAGAGUGUCUUAAAUGAUGCUGUUGCAAUUGUCUUAACAAGUGCAAUAGAAGGCUAUGGAGGCACAAGUGGAGGGUUUGAAACAUCAGCUUUCUUCAUGGCCAUACUCAACUUCUUGUGGAGCUUCGGCAUGUCAUUCUUCAUCGGCUCAGUGAUGGGUUGCCUUACUGCUAUCCUUACAAAGUUCACCCGUCUGAAGGACUUUCCUCUGUUGGAGGCGGCACUCUUUGUACUGAUGUCAUACUCUACAUUCCUCAUGGCAGAAGCAGCUGAUCUAACAGGAAUUGUUGCUGUAUUAUUUUGUGGAAUAUGUCAAGCACACUACACCUACAACAAUCUGUCUACUGAGAGUCGUCUAAAUACAAAGGCUAUUUUUGAGCUGCUAAAUUUCUUAUCGGAAAACUUCAUAUUCUCCUACAUUGGUGUAUCAAUGUUCACAUUUGAUCACCACAAAUGGGAUGUUGGUUUCAUAUGUGUGGCUUUUUUUGCCAUCAUAGUUGGAAGAUUCAUGAAUAUCUAUCCACUGUCAUGUCUUCUAAAUAUUGGACGCCAGCCAAAAAUACCAGUGAAUUUCAUGAACAUGCUGUUUUUCUCAGGCCUUAGAGGAGCCAUCGCCUUUGCCCUGGCCAUCCGCAACACUAGCAGUGAUGCCCGCAAGUCCAUACUGACCACAACCUCCCUCAUUGUCAUAGUUACAGUAGUACUUUGUGGAGGACUAACCACCCAGGUUCUCUCUUGGCUUGGAAUUCCUGUUGAUGUUGAUGAUGAUGAGACACACCACUUAAACCAGUUUCAGCCCAUCAGAAAUGAUUACAAAAGCAUUGAUGAUACAAGGGGGCCAGGAUCUGAAGAAGGAGUAGACAGCGCUACAGAUUCAAGUAAAUAUGAGAAAGCAUGGCUUCUCCGCAUCUGGUCACAGUUUGAUGUGCGGUACAUGAAGCCCUUCUUGACCAACAGUCGACCCACACUACUAGACACCACACCUUUGUGCUGUGCUCCUCUUGCCAGACUGUUGACAACAACAGAGCAGUUGACACAGGAUCGGAAUCCUCUAAAUGAUGACAUGCUAGAUGACACUUUGAUUGGUUCCGGAGGAGUGCGUACUUCUAUAGAUUCCUCAAGACAGAAAGUAGACUGCAUGGAUCAGCAUGGAAAAAAGGCAGACAUUCAGAAGCAUGCACAUAUAGCACGUGAGAGGCUGGGUAGUUUUGAUAUGGUAGUUUAGCCAUACAAUAACUUUUAAAGGACAGCUGUUGUUUUCAUAAAAUAUUCUUAAAGUAAUGUAAAUAAAACAGCUGCAGUAUCCUCCCGAGUUUCACGUUUGCUUCAUUCCAAAGGUAUAGCGCUAAACUCAAGGAUUGCAAAACUAGGGAAACAAAUGAAAAAGCACUUAUUGGUUCCGACCCGUGAAGAAGCUUUUUUUUUUUCUGACUCUUCUCCCUUGUUAUCUCAAAAUACGUACCUUGGUAAAAGGAAGAAAAUGGGAAGUGAGAACAGGUCGUUUUAAAGCUGCAAUUGAAGGCACCUGCCUUACGAUUGGCUGGCAGUUUUGAAAACACGCUUGUGAUUAGUUGUGAGUCCGAUGAUGUCAUCGAUGGCGCCCACCCAAUCAGCAGCCUCGCUGCCUUAAAGCGGUGUCACACUGACUGAUUUCCUCCAACCAUAGGAACUACAGGCAACUGCGCCCAACCGGGAGCGAGUUGUUGGUUGUCCAUAAGCUGGUGUUACACUGGGCUUUUUUCCUGCAACCGCAUUGGCGGUAGGGGCAACCGGCAACUCCAACUUUUCCGGGUGUGCGUCACAUACGGUCAUGGUUGGUCAAUACAGUGACGCAGACGUCGGCAUCACAGUAUGGAAAGGGUUAAGAGGAAAUGGAAGAGGAUUAAUCCUCUUCUAAACCUCUUAAUCCUCUUCUAAAUCUCUUAAUCCUCUUCCAUUUCCUCUUAAGAGGCUUAGAAGAGGAUUAAGAGGAAAUGCAAGAGGAUUAAGAAGUAUAGAAGAGGAUUAAUCCUCUUCCAUUUAAGGGGCGCGCCUAUGGGUCUCCUCCUGCGCAUAUGGUACGUCCAAUAGCUUUGAAAUUGUAGUAUGUUGUUUGUUGGUGUAAAUAAAUGAUAUUCUGCGAAUUUCAUCAAAAUCGGGUGAAGUUUAGGAGAGACUCAAACAAAGCGUGUUUUUAAUUUUUUUGCUUCACAGGCUUUAUUUUUCAGUUAAUCGCUUUGAAAAAAAUACUAUAGAAACUUUGUUUACCUAUCUACAUUUUGUUGGAAGUGAAUUUUUGAUUUUUUGUUUUGUCUUCGAAGAAAAAAAAAUACAAUUUUUUGUCACUUAUUAUUUUCUCCACUUUGUGUCUCGUUUUCUUUUGACAUUUUUGAAAAUCCAUUUCCAACAAAAAAUCGCCCUUUAGUUGUAGUUUAAAAUGAUACCUAACAAAAGUCAUUCAGACGUUUUACCGAUUUUGUGAAAUUAUUUGAAGGUUAAAAAGAUACUUUUCGAGAUAUCGGCUCCUAAAGAUUUUUUUUUACAUUUCUCCCUGUCUUGCCAUUUGUAUUUAUCUGAUUGGUAUGAAAUUCUCACAUAUGACUGUAUAUACCUUGUUGACUUACCCCAGAAUGAUAAGGCAUCUGAUCCCCCUUUCUAAGAAAGUAUUACUCACUCGCAGGUGAGGGUGUCAGAAGGCGCCACCUUCCGCAUUGUGGCCAGGUAGCGCGAGUGCCUUGCUUCUACACUACUCUCUUGUUUGUUUUCUGAGGUUUGGCCGCUCCAUAAGCCCUCUUGAUGUUGGUGACUUUUUCUGGUUGCCUUGCACUUGUACAUCUUUUGUCUGGACGUUUUUUUUGGCUGGAGAGGAGAGAAAAGUACGACAUACUUUUCCCGUCUGUCUCUCGCUUGGCACUGGCGCGGUGGCACCUCUCUUCCUCCCCUGCCUCUCCGUGCGAAGAAGAGAGGAUGACAGAUGACAAAAUUUACGAAGAAAUAAAAUAUUCUAAUGCAAUUUUUACGUUUAUACGAAUGAUACCGCAUAUGUUGACAAGAGCGUCUUAUGACGCUUAUGUCCGACUAUUACUCUAAAGCCCCCCCAAGGGGGAGGGGUUUUAAUUUUACGAAAACAAACCUCACCACAUGGUAAUUUAGGGUUUCCCGGCCAUGCUGAGCGAAAAACAUGUACUCGUCCGAUUUUAAAUAUAUAUUCGUCAAAAAAUACCCCACUUAAUCUUAACCCUUUCCAUCCUGUGACGCUGACAUCUGCGUCACGUAUUGAAAGGGUUAAACAAAGCAGUCGCCCUGUUAUUCAAGUGGUGUUGUCUGCUAAAGUAAGGGCUGUUGCGGCUUGUGCAACCAUUACCCAAGUUAUGGACUUGUUGCUGCAGUUAAAUGGAAGGAAGAAACGGUUGUGGACACGAUUAUGACUUCAAAGACGGAAGGACAGGAGUGUUUACCCAAACUUUGUCAGAGAACUGGGUAAAUUUCCAGAACGUCACCUGUGGUUUUCGGUGUGUUAUGAAAUAAUCUGCUAACUGUUUCUGUCUGAAAUCAUUAAAUCACUAAUAUAUUGAUUGACUUUUCAAUGCCUGUUGUACGUGCACCCACCACUGCAGCCGCAAAAUAGCUCACAGAAAGGUUUAACUUUCUUACUGUUUCCAUAUUUCACUUACCACUUACAAAGAUCACAAGUGGUCAAACUAGAACAAAACCAGGCAAAGUAAUGUUUUUCCUGCUGUGUAUUUACCCAGCUCGCAUGCGUUGUGGACAGCAGAAUGACUUAUUUCAGCGAGGAGAUAUUUCUCGCAACACCAGCCAUCAUAGUGGAUGACUGCCGCCGCCAUGUCCCAUCCUGCGCCAUGAACACAACACCAGGAGUCCCUCUACAAUUUUCAUAGACUGGAGAAAAAAAGUUUUUUGGGACUGUGAUUCCACAGCACAGGAUGUUCUCUUAUCUUGUCAAUCAAAUAGUAACCAAAGCAGCUCUGCCAGUCCACUUUAUGAGUCUCUUGGUGGGCCAUCUUCCUCUGCUCCUCAUUCCUCAGCCACUGCUGUCGUUUGUUUACAUACAGCUGCACAGUACCCACGUACCCACGCUCGUACCCACAACCGUUUUCCAUUCGUACGGAAAACCGACAACUCGCUCCCGGUUGGGCAUAUGGACAACCAUGGUUGCCUGUAACCCCAAUGGUUGGAUGAAAACGGCCUGUGUGACACUGCCUUUUAAAUCUGCGUGAAACUCAGGGCGGUAGUGCGCGAAAGUCAGGAUGGUGAGAAUUUAGGACUAAGCGUGAAACUUGAAGAUCGCAAAAGUUGGGUAGCGCGAAACUCAAGAGGGUACUGUAUUUAUUUAAUUACUAUUAUUAUUAUUUUUUUUUUAUUUAUUUAUUUAUUUAUUUAUUUUUUUUACCUAUAUUGUAUGCUUCGUUAGCUCUGACUUCAGUGGUAAAAUUCAAAUUGUGAUAUAUUAUGUGAAAGUCAUACAAGAGGAUGUGAAAUAUAGCUAAUUUUGAUUUGCCAGCAUGAAAUGGUACUCAUUGUGGCUUAGAGGAGGCCUCAACCCAUGCAUUGCAGUUAACAGAGUGGGGGAGGGGGGAAAAUUGCUGUAUAUUUCACUUUUUCUCUUUCUUCCUCUCAUGAUGGCCAGUACAGUCAUCCCUUAACAUUCAUGGUUUUAACUUGUGGAUUUGAAUAUUUGCAGAUAUAUCCUUGAAAGAUUUAAAUUUUUUUGUGGGUAGACCCACAAACAAUAAUUUUGAAUGUUCAUGGGUUCUUGGGUCAUUGUGGGGGUUGUGUGUUCCUGCCACUCCCCUUGCCUACUUUGCACUGGGAACAUGUAAAAUACAUUUAGUAAGCUAGUUUUAACCAUUUUUAUGGCUUUGUACUAAUUGUAAUGCUUCUGAAGAUGCACAAAUGUUCUUUCUUUAAUUCUAUAAGGAAAAGGUUCUCCUAGGAAUGAGCUGCAGAUGUUCGUAGAAAUUUUAUAUUCGCACUGUUAUGUAAUCGCUGCAAAUGUUAAGGGACAAGUGUAAUAUGAAUUGUUCUUUACACAAAUAAUUUAGACAUGUAUA